GACGCUGUCCGAGCGGGGGACGCGGUAGCGCGCGGCCAACGCCCCCCCACUGGCCACAAGUGGGCCAGCCGUCAUGGGCCUCUGCCGGCCGAGGUCAGGCGCCUUGUUUCUCCGCCUGGCUGCGGGUGCCGCUCACCGCCGCCGGCGCCCAGCCCCACGGCACUCUCCGGGGGACAUGGCGGCCGGCGGCGCCCUCUCGCGGGGCCGGCCGCCUUUCUUCUUUCCGCGUCUAUAAAGCGCAGCGGGAAGAGGAAGCGCGAGUGCGGGCGGGAGUUCCCUGGCCGCGGCAGUCAUGCGUCCACGCUGCUGCUGCCGCGCCGCUCUCGCGGGCCUCCUCUGGACGGCGCUGGGCCUGGCGGUCGACGGACGCGGCACCGGUGAAUUCCGACCACAGAGUCCAGCGACUGUCCCCGAACAGACUCCUGGCCAGACCCACGUGCCUCCGGACGCGCCCCCUGGGAGGCGGAGUGUGCAGUCUCCCUGGAGUCCGUCGUCGGCACGCAUCAGGGGUCGCAUGGUGUCGGGCGCCGCCGCCGAAGCGUUCCGGCCCAGGAGUGUAAAUUGGCAGAAGUUUCUGCACGACUCAAGCUUCGAUGAGCGAUCACGUCGCGCAGCAGCCAAGUCAGAGCCCCGCCACACUCCGCGGCCCCUGCGGCACCAAGACAUCAGGCUUUUGCUGCAACGUCGAGGGAUCGAAAAUUCGAGGAAACCUUUUCGAAAGGCUUUUCCACCGCGUGGACAACCCAGAGCUCCUCUACCAGAGCUGAUCAAGAAGCAAGGACAAGCUCGAAGGAGUUACCGCGGCAGCUCUUCCGAACCUGACGACGGUGUCCUGUCCAGUUUCCGAGAGGUCACCCCGAUCGGGCGGGCGGCGGCUGGACACCGUCGGUCCGCCCGCAACGGAGAGGCGCCUUCCAGGAAGCGCGUCCCUCGACGGGCGGCCUCGGAGUCUGCAGUCAGCUCGAUGGCUUCGACUCGCGGCACAGCGGCCGCCUCAGGCUUCGUCCCCAUCACCGGACCGUUUGGCAGCCAGGAGAUGGCUUAUUCCCCCUUCUUGGAUGGAGGCUCACUCUUUGCGUCGGCCAUUUCCGGUUACCCCAGCAUGAGCCGGCAGUACAGCAAACAAUCGCACAGCGACUUGGAGUACGGCCGAUCGGCAAGCUCUUUCCCGAGUGAGGGAUACGGCUCGCUCGGCAGCGGCAACUUCCAGCUCAUCCGGGGUGGCAUCUACGCGGACAAUCAGGCCAGUUCCAGUCACGUGCCUUACUACGUGCAAGGCCCCAGCCGCGGCUACGGGGGCGCCUUUUCGUACGACGAGGACAGUGAGCCCGUGAUGGGCUUCCAGGGCUUCGAGCAUUUCGGCAACCCACUGCACAACGCGUUGAGCAAGCAGUCGCACGUCAUCGGCGCUUCGUCGGCGCACCCUUCGCGCAGCGCCCACACGAAGGCUGUCGAUCCGCUCACUGCCGCAUCCUAGGUGGCCGUGAACAAGGCGUCGGCAGGUGCACACCCGACAUUAAGUUGACACCCCAAAACUGCGUUGCGAGAUCUCUCUUGCUGCCUUAAUCAGUUCCUUCAGGAACCUACGAUCUCCCGGCUGCCUGUCUGAGAAGCUUUUUCAGCAUAACAUCGAACACAUUGCAAAAACAGGUGUCCCAAACAUGGAGCCUUACGGAAUGACAUGGACCCGGUCGCUCAGAAAUUAAUGGCGUUGCACAACGAAACGUGCAGAUUAAUGCUCAAGAUUUGAGAUAUCACUGUGUAUCGGGUGAGCAACGAAUGGGACAGUCGGACGAAAUGAAGCAGUUACCAAUUUCCCCUUGUCACCAAUAAUAACCUCUAUCCCCUAUGUUGA